GUUGUUCAAGGGAAUUUCAGUUUCUGAGCAAAAACAUAAUGUUUUCUUUAACUUGAAUUUUUGAAUGUUAUAAUUUGUGGAACUUAAUACCUAAUUGGAGAAACAUGAAGUUGGAGGUACCAGAAAGCUUUGAAGAUGUUGCUGUCCAGUUUUCAAGAGAGGAGUGGGAGAUGCUAAGUGAACAGCAGAAGGAGCUGCACAGAGAAGUCAUGAUACAGACCUAUGAAAGCAUGGUUUCUGUAGGGUACAACAUCCCAGUGGAACAUCUGUGGUUACUUAUUAAUAUAGAUGAGGCAGUCCCAUUUGAUGGUCAUGAAAGAGAAAUGGUGAUGCAACACAGCCAGCUUCCUGGCAGCGAUAUCUGCAUCAACAGGAAUGCAGACUUCAGCCAGUUUCAGAGUCCGCAAUUAUCAUUUGGGAUACCCCUGGAUUCAAAGCAUGACACAGCUCUCCUAGAUAAGAUGUCAGCCAUGAGUCAAGACUUGAUUCAGCUGGAUACUGCACACCUGAAAUAUCUGGAAAAUAACAAGGGGGUUAUUAAAAUGCAUCUGGCAAAUUGUGAAGGAGAAAGGCACUGCACAGUGCGUAAAUACAACACAAUUUCAAGGUUUGACAGUAACAACAAAAAUGGUCAGUUAAUCCAUAGUGAGAAAAGGCAAAAAAAUACCUUAGAAAAACAUCAGCAAAUAACCAGCAGAGUAAAACCAUACAAAUGUACCACAUGCGGCAAGAUUUUUGCAGAUGAAAAAGGAUUGUCAGUGCAUAUGGUUAUUCAUACUGGGUUGAAACUUUUUAAAUGUACCAUUUGUGACAAAAGUUUCUCAAGGCAGUCAGGUGUAGAAAAACAUCAGUUAGUCCACACUGAACAACAUGAUUUAAUAGUAACUAACAGUAAAACAAUGAAAAUUGUUAACCAGCAACUGUAUAAGAAUGCAACAGGUGACAAGAGUUUUACAAAUGAACAUUUAACAAGAAAUAAUAAACAUAACCAUACCAGUCAAAAAUCCUAUAAAUGUACAAUGUGUGACAAGAUUUUUAAAAGGAGGAGUCACCUGGUAACACAUAAAAGUGUCCACAAUGGACAGAAACCCUAUAAAUGCACCAUGUGUCAUAAGAGUUUUAGACACAAAGGCAGUGUAGUAACACAUCAAAUUAUCCACACUGGGCAAAAGCCAUAUAGAUGUACUACAUGUGACAAGAGUUUUAGGUACAAAAGAAGUGUGGUAAAACAUCAUAGUAUCCACACUGGGGUGCGACCCUAUAAGUGUACUAUGUGUGAUAAGAGUUUUAGAUGCAAAAUUAAUAUGGUAACACAUCAAUAUAUCCACAAUGGGCAAAAUCCAUAUAAAUGCACCAUGUGCGACAAGAGUUUUAGGCAGAAAAGCAGUGUUGUAAAACACCAGAAUAGCCACUCUGGGCAGAAACCAUAUAAUUGUUCCAUGUGUGAUAAGAGUUUUGCACAAAAGAGUCACAUGAUAAGACAUGAAUACAUCCACAGUGGUCAGAAACCCUACAAAUGCACCAUGUGUGACAAGAGUUUUAUAUAUGAAAGUGUUAUGAUACGACAUCAGAAUAUCCACACAGGGCAGAGACCCUAUGAGUGCAUCCUAUGUGAGAAGAGCUUUAGCUGUAAAAGCAGUAUGGUAAAACAUCAAAAGAUUCACGCUGGAUGUAAACCUUAUAAAUGCUCAAUGUGUGAGAAGAGUUUCAUGGAGAAGAGUCAAAUGGUAUUCCAUCAGAGUAUCCACACUGGGGAGAAACCGUAUCAGUGCACCAUGUGUGGCAAGAGUUUUAGACAAAAAGGUACUAUGAUAAAACAUCAGUAUAUCCACUCUGAACACAAACCCUAUAAAUGCACCAUGUGUGACAAGACUUUUACACAGAAAGCUCACUUGGUAAGGCAUCAGACUAUCCACACUGAGCAGACACCAUAUAAAUGUACCAUAUGUGAUAAAACAUUUAAACACAGAAAUGCUGUGUUAUGUCAUCAGCAUAUCCACACUGGACAGAAACCAUACAAAUGUACUAUAUGUGAUAAGAGUUUUAGAUAUAACAGUAAUAGGAUAACUCAUCAGAGUAUCCACACUGGCCAGAAACCAUAUAAAUGUGAUACAUGUGGUAAGAGGUUUACAAACAAAUACACUAUGAUAACUCAUGAGCGAAUUCACACUGGACAGAGACCUUACAAAUGCACCAUGUGUGACAAGACAUUUACAUAAGAGUCACAUGUUAAAGCAUCAAAGUGUCCACACUGGGCACAUUGGUAGUAAAGGAAAAACAAAGGAAUAAAUAAAAUAUCACCUGUAUAAACACUGAUUAGAGGCAAUUGCAAAACAUUUAAGAAAAUAAGUAUUUUAUUGGAGGACUAUAAAGAAUGCUCUGUAAAAACUUCAAGAGAUGGGUGUGCUAAAGAAAACAUGGGAUAAAAAAGCUGAAAAAUGAGAACAAAGCUCAGUAAGGAAUGUUUUAGAAGACUCAAAUUAAUGCUGAAAACAGCCUUGACAUCUAGAAGUAAACUUCAAGCUAUAAAUCAACUUGCACUUCCUGUUUUAACUUCCUGUUUUGGGAUGAUUGACUGAUCACAAAAAAGAGUUGGAUAUGCUUGACUGGAAAACAAGAAAAUUGUUCUAUGCCCAUCAAAUG